UGUGAAAAACGGAUUUGACAAAAUCAAUUUUCGUAUUUUAUUGUAAUUCAAAAGCAAUUUGUAUAAUUUUAUUACCAUACACCGUCCCAUCGUACAGACGAAAUUAAUGAUGAGGCCGUCGUCUGAGAAUAACUAGAGAGCCUUAAUAAUAAUUAUUAUUAAUUAUUAAGGCUCUCUAAGAAUAACCAUUUGGAUUAUACAUCACGACUAAAAGGGAUCAGAGAUUAAUUAUUAUGCUAUACUAUAAGGUCUAUGUUAUUAUGUAUUAUUAUUUGUUUUUGCAUAUUAAAACAUCUUGGAGACUUUAAAACGGAGGCGGCUUCAACAGUCAUCGAUGGACGAUGUACUAAAGCAUAAACGUAGUUCCUCCUAUACGUCUUUUCUAUAUGAUCUACUCUAUGGUCACAAUAGUUAAAUAGCCUAUAAAACCACGCAUAAUUUUAGAAAUGAAAAAUAAAACUAAGAAGAAAGUACAGAAAAAAUGCCUGAACGCACUAAUGCGUCAUUUAGUAACUCCCAAAAGUUCAUUAAUGGUGUUUAACGAAUUGUUUGAACGUGUUCCUAUAAGAGUGCAAGAACGCAAAUUGAGUGGCAUUGGUUUAACCUUUAUUGCUACGAUUGAGAUUGGUGGUCAGAUAUUUACUGCAAAUCAUACUUCCAAGGCUCAAGCAAAACAGAUGGCGUGUGAAAAAUGUUUGCGCACUAUGUUGGCAAAAAAAAUAAGCGAGCCAUUUGAAAAAAAAAAAGAAUCACCCAUGGAACAAGAUAUGAAAAAUAAAGAAAAGGGUACAGUACCAAAACCUAAAGACUUCCUUCAUGACGACUUCCCAUGGUCACAUUUUGCUUCAUUAGGGAUGCAUAAAUUAAUAAAUCAAUGGGAAUUACAGUCUGUUUCAAAAGCUAUUACUUUACAAGAUCAACCAAAUUUCAUAAAAUCACCACCAAAGGCCAGUACUGUGAAAAAGUGUCCCAAAGAUCCCAAAAAUGUCAACCCAGAGAAGUUUAAAGUAGAACAUGCAGUGGAUGGAAUGGAAUGUUAUAAUAGAUAAGGAUCGGCAAAAGAAGCAGCUUAAGAAAAGAUAUAUUCACUGAAAAUAAUAGUUAAAUUGGACUAAAUUCAUUAAAAAAAAUUGCAAAAUUGUGUUUAAUAAAUAAUAAUAAAAGGCAGCGGAUG